AUGCGGAUCCUCUCAUGGAACCUGAACGGAUUGAAGCGUUGGGGGAGGUCGACGCCGUGGAAUGAGCACGAGACGUUCGCGGACAAGGUCGAGGCGCUGGGAGCGCACGUGAUCUGCUUUCAAGAGACGAUGCUCCAGCAGCACGAGCUUUCGACAGACCUGGUCGACCUGCCCGAAUUCGACGCCUUUUUCGCCUGCGCGACCAAGACUCGCAGCGGCUUCGGCGGCGGUGGAGUGGGCAUUCACGGCACGGCCGCUUUCGCCCGACGCACCGUCGCUGUGCCCGUCAAAGCCGAAGCAGGCUUGACGUACCGAAGCGCGGUCGAGUCGGCCGGCUUGUUUGGACUCGUCGGCGCGUACCCACCUGGUAUCGCGCUGCGUAAGAAGGAGGAGUCGCUCGAGCAGGACGGACGACGCAUCAUCCUGGAUUUCGGUCUCUUCGUGCUAAUCAAUGUGUACCUCCACUCCGAAGGAGUACCGGGAAAGGACGACCCAAAAAAGCUUGCGAACAAGUUCGAACGCAAGAUGGACAUCAUCGCACUUCUCGACGGUCGAAUCAAGGCUCUCCAGGAAGCAGGGCGUGAGGUGAUCGUGAUUGGAGACUUUAACCUGGCCGCCUCGGAUCUCGACAGAUGGGACCCCGAGAUGAGGGCGCAACUCAAGGGCCGCAAGGCGCUCAUGGACCACCCUGGACGGGCGUGGCUUGCGGACUUGACGAGGAAGAACGGCAGGCUAGUUGAUGUCUUCCGUCGCGAUCACUCAGGCGAGCGCAUCUACACCUGGUUCCGAGACUCGCAAGCACAACUCGAGAACAAAGGUAACCGGGUCGACUACGUUCUCGUCAGUACCGGCAUCCUCCCCUGGGUCAAGAACUGCAGUAUCCUUUCCGACGUCGAAGGUUCCGAUCACCACCCGCUCGUUCUCGACCUGCACGACGAGAUCGAUUCCGCUGAGGGCCGCAAGCUCCUGCGCGACGAGAUCAACGGUGGCCGCCUACCGACUGACCAGCCCGCACGACCACCGCCUUUCGCCGCCAACUAUCGCAAAACCGCAUCAAUUCCCACUCCGCCCGCAUCUCCGCCAGACGCCGUCCGUCGUCCUCCAGCUUCAACCUCCACUGCUCAGCCUAUUGCGCCACCAGCACUCCCUUCCCCACCGGCGCUCGUCUCUCCUACAUCCCCGAAGAAGGCUCGACCGAUUCUUGCUUCCUCCGCAAAGUCGACCGCAUCCGCUGAGUCCGCGGCAGACUUGCCUCAACUGGGCUUGUCGGCCACAACGAGCAAGAAGCGCAAGCGCGUCGAAACGCUCGACUUGACGCACGACACGGACGACGAGAUCCAGAUCCUGUCGCCGCCUUCGCCACACGGGGCCAAACGAUCGUCGAGUAGGGUUGAAGGGAGUGAGUCGGGCUCGGAGGCGCUGCGGAAGAGCCUGAAGAAGCGCAGGAGGACCGCCUGA